AUGGACACCAAGGAUUCUACAAGCGACUUGAUCCAUGCUUUUCGUUCCGAGCGGCUCCAGUACCGUAAGGCUGACGAAACGGACGCGGACUAUAAAGCCAUCAUCGCGAAAGUCGAACAGGAUCCGGUUACACAAGCCCUCGCUUCUCCUGCUAUUCUGCAGCCCAGGCGGCAGAAGGAACUCGACCAGUACGCCGAGAAUCUUGCACGGUCAUUAUUGGGUGUGACCAUAUGCCUUCUUCCCGAAGAAGCGACCAGAUUCAGGGCGCAAAGUGGUGUCGAAGUGGACGAGGACGGGGUUAACAGUCAAAUCGUGAUUGGCGUAAUGGCUCUCGGUGGCGGCGGCAUCCCUCCAUCUGUUGCGCAUCAUAGAACAGCUGCACUUGGCAUCAGAAUUGCUAGUCCGUAUCAGAAUCGAGGUUACGGAAGGGAGGCGCUCAACUGGAUGUUGGAUUGGGCGUUUCGACAUGCCGCACUUCACACCGUGAGCAUCACGGCAGCGUCGUUCAACCCGCGUGGGAUACAUCUCUACCAAGAACUCGGGUUUAGCCUUGAGGGUCGGAGGAGGGAGACAAUAUGGUUCAACCGCGGGUGGCAUGAUGAGCUGGAAUUUGGCAUGACUGAGCGUGAGUGGGAGGAAGUGAGGCGCAUUUCGGCUAGCGGACAAUUGAGAGGUUAA